AUUACAUUUAAUUAUCGACUGUUUUGAUCCAAAAGUGAUUUUCUUUUUCUUUGCCAACGCAAUCUGCAUUCUGGUUGCAGGUAUAGAGAUAACCGCCAUGUUAGCAUGGGCGCAGAGAAAUGGUUGGAUAUUGAAAUUUGGAACUCCACCCAAGAGUGCUUUAAAGUUCUUAAGUCACGUGGUUAUCGAAUAGCAACGACACAUGUGGGAAUGGAUGCGGUAUCCAUAUACGACAUGGACUGGUCAUGCCCAACUGCAAUAGUAGUUGGGAAUGAGAACAGGGGGAUAAGUGAUGAAGCCCUGGAGUUGUCAGAUUUGCAUUGCAGUAUUCCAAUGAAAGGCAUGGUGGACUCUUUCAAUGUGUCAGUUGCAGCAGGCAUCCUCAUGCACCAUGCUGUUUGUGACAGAACUUCACGCCUGGGCUAUCAUGGUGAUCUGACAUUGGAAGAAAGCCAAAUCCUACUUGCAGAGUUCUCUCUGCGUCAUAGCAAGAGUGCGAUUAGCAUUGCCCAAGAGUUUGCGAAGCGAAAGGCAACCGUGUUUACACCUAAGCUUUGAUUGAGAACCAGCAGUUCAACCAUUUGUGAGUUUAAGAAUUUAUGCAGAAAGCGGCUUCAAAAAGUGACACAAAACACGAAAAGAAGUCCUCUAUAAGCCACUCCCGGAAACAGAAGUGAUUUGCUUGAUAUAUGUUACUUUCAGCUGUCGAAACCCAGGUGAGACAAGGCAAUAUGGCAGAUUCUGAGCAUGGGUCGAGGAUUGCCCACUUCGUUUAUGAAGUUGUUUACAAGAAAUGCACUUGUUAAUUGACUUUUUCCUAUUUUCUUUAAUAUUUGAUGUAUUGCAUGUUUAGUUAUAUUUUUCAACCAACCUAGACGGCUACAAGCCCAAAACUCAGAAGAGAAAUGCUAAACAUGCUUAAAAA